CUUUGUAAACCGAAUCGAACCCGAUGAUAAACCGAUAAGGCCACCAGCGAGUAGUUGGGUAGGAGGAAUCGAGUAGUUGGUGGCUCCGCAAAAGUGCUUUUGGUUCCCGUGUGAAAGAGAAAGAGAAGAUGGAGACUUCUCUGAGGUAUUCAGCAAACUCCAGGUCUCUGAGAAUCCAUGCCAAAGAGAAACUCUCGGUUCACUCCAAAACUCAUUUGCAGCUUCAUGGAGAGCUAGAUACACGGGCUGGAUCGCCAAGUUACUUCUGUGCGAUGAUAAGACACUUUUUCCAUGAGGCUUCAACAAACAUUGGAGUAGGCUUGCAUUACGAUAAAAGCCAAAAGCUUCGGGGUUUUGUACGUGGGAAAAAGAAGUUCCCUCUGAGAACCGAUGCGCUUCUAACCUUUAAUAUCAAAGGAAGAUGUGAUUUUGACCAGGACUUUAAUCAGAGGAACCCAAAAGGAGCUGCUGAAUUUGAUUUGAACAUAUGGAAGUUUGAGAAAGAUCAGGACUUACGCCUCAGAGUUGGCUACGAGAUGUUUGACAAGGUCCCAUAUAUGCAAAUUAGAGAAAACAACUGGACUCUCAACACGAACUUGAAAGGAAAAUGGAAUGUGAGGUUUGAUCUCUAAGGAGGGGGAGGACAUGAACAGAAACCAACACACAUUAAAGGAAAGAUUACAUUCUAUAUUUGAUCUUUUUGGGAGAAAUGUAUUACUGAUUGCAGAAACUCCCUUUGGUUUAACCAGUUGUUAGCAAAUCUAUAGAUCUUUUGAUUUUGUUAUCAGGUCACUUUUUUACUCUUGCAACCAUCUGGAAUCUUAGUUAUUGUCUCAUGGGCGCUUGUAGCUAUUUCCAUGUUGGGAGAUAGAAUCCGUAUCUACUAAGUUUGAGUAUAUAUGUGGUCUUAUAAACCCACUUGGUUUCCUUUA